UAAUAAUAGUAAUAAUAAUGGAUAAAAAGGAAAGGGCAAAGGAAAAAAAGGAGAAAAGACGCCAAGAGAUCUCUCUUCUACGUACUAUUCCUUAUUCUGAUCACCAAAGAUGGUGGUCAUCUGAAACAAUUGCUGUUGUAACGGGUGCAAAUAGAGGGAUUGGAUUUGAGAUUGUUCAUCAGCUUGCAUCACAUGGCAUUACUGUUGUUCUUACGUCGCGAGAGACAGCCGUUGGGGAAGAAGCAGUGAAGGUCUUUCAGGAAGGAGGUCUAAAUGUGGCAUUUCAUCAAUUGGAUAUUGUGGAUCCUGCAUCAAUCCAAACAUUUUGUGAUUGGAUUAAAGAAACAUAUGGUGGCCUAGAUAUACUGAUCAACAAUGCAGGAGUCAAUUUCAAUUUUGGCAAAGAUAAUUCUGUUGAAUUUUCUGAAAUGGUAAUCCAAGUUAACUAUUUUGGCACCAAAAACAUGAUCAAAGCACUUACUCCGUUAAUGAGGCCUUCCCCUGCUGGUUCUCGUAUUGUUAGUGUGACCUCGCGAUUGGGUAGACUUAAUAGCAAACGAAAUGGAAUUUCAAAUGUAGCAGUGAGAGAACAAUUAGAAAACGUGGAUUCGCUAUCUGAGGAAGUUAUCGAUAAAACUAUGAACACAUUUUUGGAACAAGUAAAAGAUGGAACUUGGGAAUCAGGCGGAUGGCCUCAUGUGUUCACAGACUACUCAUUGUCAAAGCUAGCAGUUAAUGCAUACACCAGGUUAAUGGCAAGGAUAUUCGAGGAACGACCAGAAGGUGAAAAAAUAUACGUAAAUUGCUAUUGCCCGGGAUGGGUGAAAACUGCUAUGACUGGCUGGGCAGGCCAUGUUACUAUUGAAGAAGCUGCUGAUACUGCUGUCUGGCUAGCUUUGCUCCCUGAUCAGUUUGUGAGUGGUAAGUUCUUCGCUGAGAGGCGCGAAAUUAACUUUUAAACUGUC